AUGUGCGCUACUGGAAGCAGAAAGGAAGAAAAUUCAACUAAUGAAAAUGAUAUGGAGCUAUUAUAUUACCCAAUGCCCUAUAGGUAUGUAUAUGAAUAUAAUGAUUUGGAGAAUGGUCAUGUUAGAGAAGAAGUUAAGAAACUUGGAAAUGUUGAGUUUAAUGCAUCAACUGACUUUAUGUAUAGUUUAUUAAAAUAUGGUUCUAAUAAAAAAAUAAUGCUUCGUGAAAUAGAGAAAACUAAGAAUAUUUCAAAUGUUCUUAAAGAUUUUGAAGAGAUUUAUGAAUAUCAUUUAAAUGAUGACGAAUCCAGGAAAAAAUGUAUUCGUAGAAUACAAAAACGUAUCAGAUUUAUUGUAAAUGAAAAUACAUUAACAGAAAAAUACUGCAAACAAGCUCAAGAAUAUUUUUGGAUUGAACAAAGAUUAGAUGAAGAAAUGUCUGCAAAGGUAGAUAAUCAGAAUACUGAAGAAGAGAAAAAAGAUAUGUGUCAGAAUGAAGCUGAAAUAAAAAACCUUUUAAGUGUUUUAGAAGAAAAAAGAAGUAUAAAACUUCCAAACGGAAUGAUAGAAAAUACUGUAAGUACGGUUGAAGACUUUCUUCUUGAUGUAUUAAGAAGAACAUCCAAAAUAACAGUACCAUCCUAA